AUAUUUUACACCUUUUUCUAUAUAUUUUUUCUUAAAUUCAUAUAUUUCGUUCUUCUUGGCAUUUAGGGACCUUUUACUAAGUUCUCUCCGAUAAGUUUUUUACUUACCAUCUAACAUUUAUUUCCUGUGGUGGAUAUAAAUGAUGAAUCACUAGGCUUAGUUGUCUUAUUGGUGUUGUAUCAUAGAAAUUAUCUCACAAAGAGAUUUAAAAAAAAAAAAAAAACCUUUCUAGAUCCUGUCAUGACCUUGUGCAUGCCUAAGUGAACUUUAGUUAAAAAAAAACUUAUAAAAAUGACUGUAAAAAGUCGUUCAUUUGCUAGUAUCUAUGCUUUCCUUCUAUUCUAUGCUAAUCCUGAAACAGUCUCGUGCAGGAUUUUGGCUGAUGCUUUGUUUUCAUGUAGCUUGGGUGUUAGACCAAUCUUUUUUCAAUUAAAGGCACAAUCCUUAACCGUCCAUACUUAUUUUCAACAUUACUAUUUGCAGAUAGUGAAGACCAAGCAGUAUGAUGUACUUGUUGAAGUUACAACUGUAAAACAGGAAAAAGAAUUCCUGGUUAACAAUGAAGAUCAGGUGUUUGAAGAGCAUAUUAGUUUGGAUGGAUUUAGGAGAGAUUUGCCGAAGGUCAACUUUAUGUCCUCAAGUUUCCAAAACUAUGCAGGCUCUGAGAGUGGUCUCAGUGACAGUUCUUUCACUGAUGAUAGGUUCAUCUUUCAAGGUCUUCGGAAGAAUGUGUCUGCCAGACAGUUGCUUGAAGCAAAAAUUCUGGAUACAAAAACAAUGGAAAAGCUUGAAUCAGGUCGUACAUCGGUUCAAGAGGUUCAAAAAGAACUUGAUAUGUAUUUAACAAAAGCUACUGCGAUAGCCGGUUUAUAUCUUGAAUCGAGUAAAGAAAAAUUAUCUUUUAAAGUAGCUGUUAAAAAGGGAAUUAUUGACAAAAGUCUAGCUUUUGAGUUUUUAGAAGCACAGGCAGUGACAGGGUUCAUCAUUGACCCCUUCACAGGCAAAAAGUAUUCUGUUGAGGAAGCAGUUUCAAAUGGAAUUGCUGAUCCUGAGUUUAAGGAAAAACUUCUUGAAGCUGAGAAAGCUGUUUUAGGAUACAUUCAUUCUGGGAAAAAAUUGUCAGUUUUUCAGGCAAUUGAGGCUAGACUACUUGAAAGGCAAAAAGGAAAACGAAUUCUUGAAGCUCAGAUUGCCUCAGGUGGAGUUAUUGACCCAGUUAAAAGUAUAAGAAUCCCUCCAGAAAUUGCUGUUUUAAGGGGUUUGGUUAAUCACACAACUUUAAAAUUUUUGCAUGAACCUGCUAGCAAUGUAAAGGGUUUUCACUUUCCUAUCAGUAAUCAAAAUAUGUAUUACUCAGAAUUGCUGCAGUUGUGCUUGUUGGAUUUAGAUAGCAAAACAUACCUUUUACCAGUUGGUGAUAACAAAAUCACAGCUUUCUCUGCAGAAAAGGGUCAUAAAAUUAGCAUAGUAGAUCUUAGAUCUGGCAUGGAGAUGACACGUUUUGAAGCAUUUGAAAGAGGUCUCAUCGACCAAAACAUCUAUUUUGAACUUUCACAACAAGAAUGUCAAUGGGAAUGCUCAACUGCUUUUGACUCUCAUGGUAAUACUCAAACACAAUUAACAGACCGGAAAACAGGCCGGCAGUUUUUUGUUGAAGAAGCACUAAACCAAGGCAAAAUUGAAAGGUCGCAAGCCAACAAGUUUAAGGAAGGGCUUAUUACAGCUACAGAACUAGCUGAUAUAUUGGUGAGCCAAACAAAACCAGGUAAAGAUCUCAAUAGUCCUUUAGCGGGAUACUGGUUAUAUCAAACUAAUGAACGAGUGUCAGUUUUUAAAGCUAUGAAAAGAAACUUAAUUGACAGAAUAACUGUGCUCAGGUGCCUUGAAGCACAAGCCUGCACUGGUGGUAUAAUAGAUCCAGCAAGUGGGAAGAAAUAUAAGGUUACUGAGGCAUUACAAAGGGGUUUGAUUGAUGAUGUAUGUGCUAAACAAGUUAAUCAGUGUGAACUAGCUUUCACUGGUAUAAUUAAUCCUUUAACCAAGGAGGUAAUGACAACUGCAGAAGCUAUAAGCAUGAGCUUGUUAAACAAAGAAAUUGGCCAACGAUGUUUAGAAUAUCAGUUCUUAACUGGAGGAGUGAUAGAUCCAAGGUUUCAUUCCCGAUUGUCGUUAGACGAAGGAAUAAGGAAAGGCGUUAUUGAUGCUGCAAUGGCAAUGAAACUGACGGAUGAGAAGUCAUAUGUCAAAAGCCUUACUUGCCCUAAGACAAGGAGGAAGCUGUCGUAUAAAGAUGUUUUAGAUGAAUGUGUUUUUGAUUGUCAUACAGGCCUCCGACUAAUGGAAGCUCCACUGCCUCAAAAUGUUGGCAUUCCUAGUCUUUAUUUUUCGUCACAGUAAAGCAGAUGCUUGUUAUUGUGAGGAAUAUUAAAAAUAUUUAGUUUGUUACAUAACAAAGGUUUUCACAAUAGGAAGUAAUGUACAUUGACAUGAUUUGUAAGUAAAUGAGAGGUGUUGUUAAGUUGUUGAAUGGCUUUGUUAAAAAAAUGAAUACAUUUUGUUUCAUAAUCAGACUUGAAACAAUACAACAUUUUAUUGAAAUAUGUAUGGCAGUUAAUUAGUGUAUGGAACGUUGUUGGUUGUUGUUCAUGAUUUUUCAGUUUUGUUGAAAAGAUAACACUGGUUUUAUUUGCAUGACUUUUCCAAUGAUAUAUAUGUUUUUAUUUUCAGUUAUAAGCUAGGAUUUUCAUUUCUUAAAAUUUGUGAGACACAUUGUUGUUUACCCCUUUCAGAAUUAUUUUGUUCACAGAAAAUUAAAAGAGCAUGCCUUGUUACUGAAAAAGCCAUAUUCCACAAUAUUUUUUAAAACUGUGGUACAAAUAUUUUUAAUAAUGUAAAUAAAAUUAACAGUAUUGUUAUUGUCAACCAUACACAUUUGUAUAUUCUCUUCCUAUUGUAAGCAAAGUAUCUACAAUGUUGUAUAAACUAUUGUAUUCAAACAGGACAUAUGGUAUUGCUGGUUAAUAAUCAAGAAACUACAGACAGCAUAGUCUGUAAUCUUUGUGUGUUUGCACCAAGUAGUAACAUGUUGCAAUCCAUAAAAUAUAAUGCGGUUGUAAUUCUAAUAUUCUCCAAACAAAUGACCAUACAAUGGUUAGUGUUCUUAGAAAAUGUUUACGCUAUUCUUGUAUUUCAUAAUGAUGUUGAUUUAAUGUUAACAUUUUGUAUAUUCAUGUUUGCGUUUUUUAUAAUACAAUUCUUAUAACAAUGAA